GAAUGGAGAGUAGGCUAUUUGAUGCAUCACGAACAGGAAACGUUGAUGUUCUGAUGGAGCUAUUAAGAUCUGAUCCUAUUAUCGUUCGCCGCGUUGGCUUAGUUGAUGGUGAUUCCCCCUUGCACCUUGCUUGUUUAGGUGGCCACUUCAAUUUUGUGAAAGAGCUUCUCAAGUUGAGGAAAGAACUAGCAGGGGAGCUAAAUCAGAAUGGUUUCAGUUGCUUGCAUAUUGCUGCUUCCAAUGGGGACUUACACAUUGUCAAGGAGAUUUUAAAAGUGGACAUUGGUUUGUGCCUUGUGAAGGGCAGGGAGAGAAGAAUUCCUCUUCACUGUGCUGUUAUCAAAGGCAGAGUUGAUGUCAUGAAAGAGUUGCUCUCUGCUUGUGUUGAAUCUGUUGAAGUUGUGACUUCUCGAGGGGAAACUGCGCUCCACCUUGCUGUCAAGAGCGGUCAGUUUGAAGCGUUGGAAGUGUUGAUCAAGCACAUCAAGAUGUUCAAUAAGAUGGAGGUCUUUAACAAACAGGAUGAGCUAGGAAAUAGUGUCUUGCAUCUUGCAGCAGCAAGGAAACAGCACGAGAUGUUUCAGGUGGUGGAUCUCUUGCUGAAUGGGAGCUUACCAGCAAGUUUGGCAGUUGGAGUGAAUUCUUUGAACCAAAUGGGAUUCACAGCUCUUGAUGUCUUUUUUCUUUCUCAAAGUGAAGCUGGCGAUAGGGAAAUUGAAGACAUUCUUCGACGAGCAGGAGCCCUUAAGGCCACAGACAUGGUAGGAAUACCAAUCAGAUCAUGUAAUCAAAUCUGUGCAUCAAACAGACAACAUGGGGAGGUAAUGCCUAGGCGAAAGAUGAAGAGUGGGUGGUUAGUAGACUUCCUAAAGUACGACAAAGAUAGAGAUAGCAUAGAAUCCAUAAGAGAAGUACUAGUUGUGAUCAUGAUGCUCAUGGCUAUGCUCACAUUUCAAGCUGCUCUUAAUCCUCCAGGUAACUUACAACAACAGCAACAGCCCAAUUACCAAAUUGAAGCUGAUCACCUGAUUCACUAUUCAUCACACAUAUUCUUGUUUUUCAACUCGCUCGGGUUCUUCAUCAGCCUCCACGUGUUCCACAUCGUUACGAGGGAAUUUCCCAUGAGAGUUGAGCUGGUAUUCUGUGUGUUUGCAAUUGGGAUAACUUACAUCAGUUGCCUAAUGAUCAAGUUGCCAACAUACUUUUGCUAUUAUCUUUGUGUAGGCGUACCAUUCAUACUGGUCUUUUCUCUCAAUAUCUCACGUUCUGCAGAUUAUUUGCAUCCACACAAAAUUACAUCAGCCAAUCUUUCACUAGUUAACCAACCUUGA